CAACUCUCCAAGAGCAUCCCAACUGACUCAUCCUCCUACCCUAUCCCUGUAACCUUGCAUUUCCCAUGGCUCACCUACACAGACGUGGACAUAAUGGGCAAUUGAGCAUGGCCAACCCACCUAACCUACACACCUUUGGACUGUGGGAGGAACCUGGAGUUCUCCAGGAGUUGUUGUUAAGUGACUUAAAAUUUUGUUGAUGAUACAAAACUUGAACAUUUGUGAGGAGAUUAUAGAACUUCAACAGGACAAAACAGGUGCUUUGCUAUGUCUACUAAAGAUCCCUGUCAGAAACAAGCCUGUGAAAUACAGAAGUGCUUACAAGCUAAUCAUUAUCAAGAAAGCAGAUGCCAGCAUGUAAUUGAAGAAAUGCACAAGUGCUGUAAGAUAUAUGCAAAGACGUCUGUUUGCUGUUCAGGGUUUUUGAAAGAAGAGGAAAAGAAAAGCUUACAGAUAUCCACUAAUUGUCAGUGAAUAUAAAUCCUUUAGUCAUAUAUCACUUCUAAAGAUUGCCAAAGUAUUGCACCAGACUUUAAUUAUGAGUUACAUCACGACUAACCAUGAGGAUUUGGAAUGAUGAUAUAAUGAGCACAGCAAUGUCUUUAAAUCUCCUCCCAGUCAAAUGUUAAAUCUGAAGUGUACCGAAUGGCACAAAAAUUGAAUUAAAUAAUGUAUUCUAAAUUUAUACUUGA